AUGUUGGCUAACAAGAAUGCGAUCAAUCCGAUUCUAUUCGGUACCAUCCUGGCUUUGGUUGCAGCACUGGCGUGGGUGACGAUCGCGACCUCAAAUUCAAGAAAUCAGAACAUAUUCGAGCACUUUCAAAAACCACUAGCAAUAGAUCACCAGUCAUCGAAUUCGUCAAAUCCAAAGGAUCCCAGCAAUUUUGGAAUCGGGAAAACCGACGAUCCCAACUUCUUCAGCUUCAAGGCAUUCUUCCAGCAAGACUUGACCUUGCCCAAUCCCGAAUUUGAUAUCGAACGUCUGAAGACAUACAAGCCCGUCAACUAUGCAGGUCCCGGCCGCCCAACUUUCGCGGCUUACAUGUCGACGAGGAAUAGUACUAUCCAUGAUCCAUACUUCUGUGGCGCACAACAACUCGCCUACCGAUUAUUAUGGGAUUCGCGAUCAAAAUCCGAAAAAUACCCAUUUACAGUGUUUGUUGCGCCGUUCAUUCCGCAGGAUCAACGAGAUCUAUUAGCCGCCGCUGGCGCUAACGUUGUCGAACUGCCAACAGUAAAUUGGCAUUCGACAGCUUUGACAGAUGCAAGAUGGCGCGACUUAUUCUCCAAGUUGAAUGUGUGGAACCAAACUGAAUUCAGUCGAGUCGCUCUGCUGGACACUGAUGCAUUCCCACUUGAAAACAUUGACGCAAUAUUCGACGAAGAGCAAUCGCCCGAGCUUGAUUGUGUCCGUGGGCUUUUGAACGAGGACGACUUAGCUGAUCCAAAGCUCGACGAAUUGUGCAAAUACGUCUACGCAGGCGUGCAUGAUCCUGGUCUUGGUUACAAACAGGUCAACGGCGGCGUGUACGUACUCAAACCGGAUCAGGCCAUGCAUGAUCGUCUCCUGCGCGAAAUGGCCAAAGACCAAUUCGACGACCAUCUUGCCGAGCAGGCUUUUCUCAAUGUCGCCUUCCGCUAUGAUGGACCAUUUCCCGCAGUGGACAUGGGCCGGACGUGGAACGGCUUCAUCCCCCAAGAGAGCGAAGAAGGCAAAUUGAAAAUCAUCCACGAAAAAUUGUGGGUCAUAGAGCGAAUGACCGACCGCAAUCUGAGCUGGGCAUUACACUAUUUCAACGAUACCUGGGACGAUAUGCUCAAGCUAUACGAGAGUGACGGAUUUGAGACUCUGCGAGGAUCCAGGAGUAUCAAUCUCUUCUGA